UUAUUUAAAAACAAAACGAGAUGUAUUAUUAUUAUUGUCUGUUAGUAUGUAUACAUUCGUUUCUCUUCAUCAUUUGGUUACAAGCAUACAAUCAUCCCGGAUUUUUUGGAUAACCUCUCGACGAAGACUGCAAUAGGUGUCAUUUUUGAAUAUAACCCGACAGUGAAUGGCAUAGUAUACCUUCCGUACCUAUCUAAUUCAUUUAUACGAACAUUUGUUUUCACGUCAGAAUUCGUGCAAUGAAACACAUGUUUAAAAGCAAUAACAUGCUAGACAACAAUGAUGAAGAUUCGUCGUGCUAUUGCAAGUGGGAAAAUUGUGAUCUGUACAUGAAUAAAACAGAACUACCAAAACAUGUAAUAAGCCAUAUUGCCCCAGAAUCCCAAGGGUUGUUCUAUUGCAAAUGGAAAAGUUGUACGAGAGGAGACCGAGCUUUCAAUGCCAAGUACAAGAUAUUAGUCCACAUACGCACUCAUACAAACGACAAGCCCCAUCAAUGCUACAUAUGCGGUAAAAGCUUUACGCGGGCCGAAAAUCUGAAGAUCCAUGCUCGUUCGCAUACAGGUGAAAAACCUUACGUUUGUUCAGUGAACGGAUGCAACAAGGCAUACUCCAACACGAGCGAUCGUUUCAAGCAUACCCGAACACACUUCAUCGAAAAACCAUACGCUUGUCGAGUGGAAAGUUGUCUGAAAAGGUAUACGGACCCCAGCUCUUUGCGAAAACAUGCAAAAAGUCAUAAUCAUCAAGUAAAAGUGAUAUUGACACAAGAUACGAAUCCAUGUUGUUCUUCUUCGGUCUUCAUAACUCCUACUUGUUCUGCGUAUUCCAUUCCUAAUGCUAUUGACCAACCAUUAGAUUUGUCGAUUCGUUGGAAAAAAUAAUAAUUGUACUUAAAAGUAGUUUUCAAUGUUUAGUGCAAAUUACAAUAUUAUUGAAUUAUGCUUAUGAAUUUAUUAUAACAAAUGUACAUACUUUUA